UUUAUAUUUGUGCUUCUUUCAAACUGAGCCUAAGGCUGUAUGGUCCCCUGACCCCUUGUUCUUCUCCCCUCACACCCGAGUUCUCUUCUCCUUCUGGCACCGGCGAUCUGCAACGACAACCGGCGGAAAUCAGAGAAACCGGCGGCAACAGUGCUUUAUCCUCCGGAUCCGGCGAUCAUCCGGAGAAAUCAGAGAAACCGGCAGCAACCGGCGGCAACAGUGCUUUAUCCUCCGGAUCCGGCGAUCAUCCGGAGAAAUCAGAGAAACCGGCAGCAACCGGCGACAACUUGCAGCAACAUGUGGAGCAGUGGGAGCACCACUUGUUGCGCUCAAGCUCUCAUCCACUCUUUUGUAUUCGGCAGACACUGGGAUGCUGCUGGUGAUUAACAAGAUCCAGCCAUCUCAACUAGCUGGGGAACAACGUAACGCUGCUAGGCUGUUCAAGCAGCUUAAUGGGCAUAUCCGAAAACCUUGCCCUUGGCAAUCCUACUACUAUGGAUGUCAAGGACGCCAUGGAGAAGGUAUUGGCGCUUGACAAGGCCUACCCUCUUCCCCUGCUUGGAACAAUGCUCGACAAGUUCCCUGCAACUGUAGAGCCUGCUGUGUGGUGGCCGCAACAGCAGAAACGCCGCAGUCAUCGGAGAGCCGAGAAGAACGGCUGGAGUGGGAAGCUGGAAGAGGAAAUGAAGCAGAUUGUAGAGCUGCUGAAGAAGAAAGAUAUCCAAGAGUAUGUGAGGUUGAGCAAAUUAGCUUUGAUAGUUAGCAGGACCUUAGCAAUUACUGGUCCUAUAUAUACUCACUGGCCUGGUUGCCGUUGGGUCUGCUUUGGUGGGAAUGGGAUCGCCGUUGCAUGGAUCUUGGGCUGUGCUUUUGGGUGUGGUUGCUGGAGUUAUGGCAAGCGUGGUGAAUACCUUGGAGCAUGGUGGGCAAGUAGGAGAUAUUUGAGAUGUAUCGGAGCUCUGCUGGCCAGCUUCUUUAGACUCAUGGAAGAGUACAUAAAGUACAUUAUCAAGGAAGGGAAAGCGGGGAGAAGAGAGAAUGGAGAGUUAUUUGAAAUGAGGGUGGCUUUACAACUUGGUAGGAGCAUUUCAGAGCUUAGAGAUCUCGCUGCGUCGUCGGCAUCUUCAUCAAGAGAGUUUGCAAGCAACCUCUUCUGAUUUUUUCCACUGGAUCGAUUUUGAUACCUACGUACGUGGCCACACAAAGCUUCCUCUGUGUUUUAAUCCUCAAUUUUGUAUAGAACACCGCCUACCAAAAAUAAAUAAAUAGGCCUUCUAAUCAUGACAUUAUUA